CGUCAGCUGUCAUCAAGUAGAUCGUGAAUUGUUUCAAAACUCUUUAGCAAAAUUCUGUCCACCAUUCUAAUCUAAAAAAACUUAAAUGUAGCUUAAGUAGGUUACUUCGAUCACUUGGCAGAUUACUGCCAUUGUAAGAACGUAGAAGAGAAAGUUAGUUUAAAUGAGACUAUUGGUGUGUUUGUUGCUGACAGUGUCAGUGUGGGGGUUCCCGGACAAGAGGGCGUUAGAGACACAGUUGUCGCAGCAAUUAUCGCCGCUGACACAGCAGUUGGAGCACAAUCAGGCGAAGCCGAGGCAAGCGCAAAGAGACUGUAAAGGGAAGUGUGUGACCAGUAUAGCCCAGAAGGCAGCGGCCGAGGCUAAGGCAGCCCAGGCAGCCCAGAACGCAGCUGGAGCGCAGGCAGCUCACAUGGUUAAAACUCAAUUAGCAGAGAAAGCGCUUCAAGCAGCGAAGGCAGCUGAAGCAGCGCUUGCUGGUAAGCAGUCAGUGGUGGAACAACUACAACAAGAAGUGAAGGAAGCUGAAGCGGUCGUCGCUGAAAACACCGGAGCUGUGAGGCAGCAACAGGGUACAGUCGCUGCUGCGGUGCAAGCGGCCCAACAGGCAACCACACAGCACAAACUUAUGAUCCAAGCUACACAGCUGGCCUGCCAGUUGGAGAAGUCAGCUCACUCAGUCUUAGAGAAGACGAAGAUAGGACUCCAGGAGAAAUGUCACAAUCUGUCUGAAGCCAGAGCUAGAUUAGCUCACCUACAACACAAGCUGCAAUGCGCGUGCGCCGAGUGCUCGGCCACGAGGCAGGCAGCCCACACAGCUUGCGAAGCCGCAAGAGCAGCUUGCGGCAAUGCCCGAAAGAAAAAACACAUUAGUAAAGUACAAAAUACGAUAGAAAGUAGGUAAGGUUCAAUAGUGCUCGUUGUUGUAAGCAAUUUGAUAAAUUUUGGCCCUAGAUAAAACUAUUUUUACGCUUCGUUUUAAGCCAAAACGUAUUUGGUUAUUUUGUUUAGCUAUGACAAGACGCACGUACGGUUAUACAGACUUGAUGUUUUAUUGACUAAUAUAGUUGUAUGUGUGAAAUUUACAUGAUAAUUAUGUUGGAGAUAUAAACUGUAGUUCAGUUUACGAAUAGUACCUAGUAUACGAAUGCAAUUGAAAUAUUUAUUCUAUCAAGUUGUCUAAACUUUGUUUUUGAGUUAGAUGGAAAAUGCGGUUGUUAUUGUCAAUCUUUGAGUCGAAUAUUGUUGUCACGUUCUAACAAGGUUUUUUUUUCCGAAUGUGAUGUCAAUGACUUGGUGAUGAUUUGAGAUAUUCUUCAUGUUUCAACCGACUCAUAAAUUAACCUAACAGCAAAUGUCCUGUCUGUAUACUCGACUAAGCAAGCAGUUUUGAAUACAAAUUCUUCGUUAUCGCCAUUUUUCCGAUUACUGUGAAUAUUUCGCGGAUUGUAAUGAUUUUAGAUUAAUGUGAUUUACUCUAGUUUGAUAAUUACGUUACAUUCAGAUGUGUCGUUUAGAUUUUGAUAGAAUUACAUUUGUUUAAGCUGCUGUUAAAUAUAAUGUUAGAAUUU